AUGAACGAUCGUUUCGUCUGCUGUGUGCAGACUUCUAACACUGUUCUUCGGUUAGCUGCUGUCGUAGCACUCGUAUGUCUGAUAGCUAUUGGUAGCUUCUCUACUGCCUUCGCCGACAGUCAUGAAAUGGAAGAUGAAAAGGCAGAAGAAAAACCGAUGGAAGAAAAGCCGAAUAUUACAGGCUGGUUCCAGGUUGAUGUUGAUAGUUUAGGCACCUAUUUUUUGAUUGGUGCCACCCAUCCGAUCGGCGGCGUUUCGUUUGAUUCCAACAUCUAUGUUAACGAUCAUUUCGGUGAGUUUGACGUGGGCGUUUCAUUCCCUGUCGUGAAAGGGGACAACUUGACGCUUAUUCUGCUUCCGAUGCUCGGUGUUGGGUUUGAUUAUACCACGGCAAACGGUCCAGAUUCUCUAUUUCCGCAAAUAUUUGCUUUUUUACCCGCCGGUAAAAUCUAUGGUUUCCAUUGGACAAUCGGUACGGUCAGGUCCAUAUUUGAUAGCGAAAGCUUAAACGAACUCUACACCCGUAAUUACCUUACCUAUGCCCUUAACGAAACUGUCGCCGUUGGCCCGCAGGCUGAAGCUGUGCUGGGUCUCGGCGACGGUGGCGGACUGUGGGCUCUCAAUUUCGGUGGACGUUUGAACAUCGGUUAUGGUGAGAAUAACACCCUCGGUUUGUAUGUCGGAUAUGAAACCAAAAAAGAGGAAGAUUCGCAUGAAAUGGGUGAAGAGAUGGAGAUGGCUGAAGAAGAGUCAUCAGGUGCUUCUGGGUGGUUCCGUACCGAUACAGAUAGCUUAGGAACGCAGAUCUGGGUUGGCGCCAGCCAUUCCCCAAGUUUUCUCGGUGGUCUUUCUUUGGAUACCGAUAUUUACGUCGUUGGGACAUUCGGUGAGUUCGACAUCGGACUCGGUAUUCCAGUUGUUGAUAGUGAUUCAAUGUCUCUGAGUUUCCUUCCCAUGGUCGGUAUUGGUUUUGACUACGCCGCCGCUAAUGGUCCCUCUUCCCUGAUUGCCCCGCAGUUGUUUACAUAUCUCACUGCUGGUUCCAUCUAUUUUGAAUCCUGGAUACAAGGUUUCUUCAAUUCGCCGUUUGAUUACGGAGACGAUGCGAUCUACACUCGUAAUUUUGUGCUACUGUCACUCAAUGACACGCUCUCUGUUGGUCCGCAGGUCGAAGUAACCUUAGGUUUAGGCGAUGACGGUGGUCUCAGUAGUCUAAUCCCAGGCCUCCGUGUCAAUGCCGGCUAUGGUGAAAACAAUACGAUCGGUGUCUUUGUUGGAUUUGAAACCAAAAAAGGGGACGAUGAAACAGGGAUCACCGGCAGAAUGACUUUCGUUCGUACCUGGUAA